AUAUAACAGGACCCAGGAGUUAAAUCAGGACUCAGGAAGAGAUAGUCCCAUAAUGAUGCUGCCUCAAAACUCUUGGCAUAUUGAUUUUGGAAGAUGCUGCUGUCAUCAGAACCUUUUCUCUGCUAUGGUAACUUGCAUCCUGCUCCUGAAUUCCUGCUUUCUCAUCAGCAGUUUUAAUGGAACAGAUUUGGAGUUGAGGCUGGUCGAUGGAGAUGGUCCCUGCGCUGGCAGAGUGGAGGUGAAAUUCCAGGGACAGUGGGGAACUGUGUGUGAUGAUGGGUGGAACCCUGCUGCCUCAAUUGUCGUGUGCAAACAGCUUGGAUGUCCAUUUUCUUUCGCCAUGUUUCAUUUUGGACAAGCCGUGACUAGAUAUGGAAAAAUUUGGCUUGAUGAUGUUUCCUGUUAUGGAAAUGAGUCAGCUCUCUGGGAAUGUCAACACCGGGAAUGGGGAAGCCAUGAUUGUAAUCAUGGAGAAGAUGUUGGUGUGAACUGUUAUGGUGAAGCCAAUCUGGGUUUGAGGCUAGUGGAUGGAAACAGCUCCUGUUCAGGGAGAGUGGAGGUGAAAUUCCGAGAAAGGUGGGGGACCAUAUGUGAUGAUGGGUGGAACUUGAAUACUGCUGCCGUGGUAUGCAGGCAACUAGGAUGUCCAUCUUCUUUUAUUUCUUCUGGAGUUGUUGAUAGCCCUGCUGUAUUGCGCCCCAUUUGGCUGGAUGACAUUAUAUGCCAGGGGAAUGAGUUGGCAAUCUGGAAUUGCAGACAUCGUGGAUGGGGAAAUCAUGACUGCAGUCACUAUGAGGAUGUCACAUUAACUUGUUAUGAUAGUAGUGAUCUUGAACUAAGGCUUGUAGGUGGAACGAACCGCUGUGUGGGGAGAGUAGAGCUGAAAAUCCAAGGAAGGUGGGGGACCAUAUGCCACCAUAAGUGGAACAAUGCUGCAGCCGAUGUCGUAUGCAAGCAGCUGGGAUGUGGAACUGCACUUCACUUCGCUGGCUUGCCUCAUUUGCAGUCAGGGUCUGAUGUUAUAUGGCUUGAUGGUGUCUCCUGCUCUGGUAAUGAGUCUUUUCUUUGGGACUGCAGACAUUCCGGAACCGUAAAUUUUGACUGUAUUCAUCAGAACGAUGUGUCUGUGAUCUGCUCAGAUGGAGCAGAUUUGGAACUGCGACUAGCAGAUGGAAGUGACAAUUGUUCAGGGAGAGUAGAGGUGAGAAUCCAUGAACAGUGGUGGACAGUAUGUGACCAGAACUGGAAGAAUGAACAAGCCCUUGUGGUUUGUAAGCAGCUAGGAUGUCCGUUUAGUGUCUUUGGCAGUCGUCGUGCUAAACCUAGUAAUGAAACUAGGGACAUUUGGAUAAACAGCAUAUCUUGCUCUGGGAAUGAGUCAUCUCUCUGGGACUGCAUAUAUGAUGGAAAAGCAAAGCGAACAUGCUUCCGAAGAUCAGAUGCUGGAGUAAUUUGUUCUGAUAAGGCAGAUCUGGACCUAAGACUUGCCGGGGCGGAUAGCCCCUGUUACGGGAGAUUGGAGGUGAAAUACCAAGGAGAGUGGGGGACUGUGUGUCAUGACAGAUGGAGCACAAAGAAUGCAGCUGUUGUGUGUAAACGACUGGGAUGUGGAAAGCCGAUCCGUAUGUUUGGUAUAACCUAUUUUAAAGAAGCAUCAGGACCUAUUUGGCUGGAUGAUGUUUCUUGCAUUGGAAAUGAGUCAAAUAUCUGGGACUGUAAACAUAAUGGAUGGGGAAAGCAUAAUUGUGUACACAGAGAGGAUGUGAUUGUAACCUGCUCAGGUAAUGCAACAUGGGGCCUGAGGCUGGCGGGCGGCAGCAACCGCUGCUCGGGAAGACUGGAGGUGUACUUUCAAGAACAGUGGGGCACAGUGUGUGAUGAUGGCUGGAACAGUAUUGCUGCGGCUGUGGUGUGUAGCCAGCUGGGCUGCCCAACUUCUAUCAUUGGCAUGGGUCUGGGAAACACUUCUACAGGAUAUGGAAAAAUUUGGCUCGAUGACAUUUCCUGUGAUGGAGAUGAGUCAGAUCUCUGGUCAUGCAGGAACAGUGGGUGGGGAAAUAAUGACUGCAGUCACGGUGAAGAUGUUGGAGUGAUCUGUUCUGAUGCAUCAGAUAUGGAGCUGAGGCUUGUGGGUGGAAGCAGCAGAUGUGCUGGAAGAGUUGAGGUGAAAGCCCAGGGUGCCUUGGGAAUUCUGUGUGCUAACAGCUGGGGAAUAAACAUUGCUGAAGUUGUUUGCAGGCAACUUGAAUGUGGGUCUGCAAUCUUGGUCUCCAGAGAGCCUCAUUUCACAGAAAGAACAUUACACAUCUUUAUAUCUAAUUCUGGCUGCACUGGAAGGGAAGCGUCUCUCUGGGAUUGUAUACAAUGGGAGUGGAAACAGACUGCAUGUCGUUUCAAUUUGGAAGCAAGUUUGGUCUGCUCAGCCCACAGGCAGCCCAGGCUGGUUGGAGCUGAUAUGCCCUGCUCUGGACGUGUUGAAGUGAAACAUGCAGACACAUGGGGCUCUGUCUGUGAUUCUGAUUUCUCUCUUCAUGCUGCCAAUGUGCUGUGCAGAGAAUUAAAUUGUGGAGAUGCCGUAUCUCUUUCUGUGGGAGAUCACUUUGGAAAAGGGAGUGGUCUAACUUGGGCCGAAAAGUUCCAGUGUGAAGGGAGUGAAACUCACCUUGCAUUAUGCCCCACGGUUCAACAUCCGGAAGACACUUGUAUCCACAGCAGAGAAGUUGGAGUUGUCUGUUCCCGAUAUACAGAUGUCCGACUUGUGAAUGGCAAAUCCCAAUGUGACGGGCAAGUGGAGAUCAAGGUGCUUGGACUCUGGGGCUUACUGUGUGACACCCACUGGUACCCAGAAGAUGCCCACGUUCUAUGUAGACAGCUCAGCUGUGGGGCUGCUGUCUCAACCACAGGAGGAAAAUAUACUGGAGAAAGAACUGGUCAUGUGUGGGGACACAGGUUUCAUUGCUUAGGGAAUGAGUCACUUCUGGAUAACUGUCAAAUGACAGUUCUUGGAGCACCUCCCUGUGUCCAUGGAAAUACUGUCUCUGUGACCUGCACAGGAAGCCUGACCCAGCCACUGUUUCCAUGCCUUGCAAAUUUAUCUGACCCGUAUUUGUCUGCAGUUCCAGAGGGCCGUGCUUUCAUCUGCUUAGAGGACAAAGGGCUCCGCCUGGUGGACGGGGACGGCCGCUGUGCCGGGAGAGUAGAGAUCUAUCACGACGGCUUGUGGGGCACCAUCUGUGAUGACGGCUGGGACCUGAGUGAUGCCCACGUGGUGUGUCGAAAGCUGGGCUGUGGAGUGGCCCUCAAUGCCACAGUCUCUGCUCACUUUGGGGCGGGGUCAGGGCCCAUCUGGCUGGAUGACCUGAACUGCACAGGAACGGAGUCCCACUUGUGGCAGUGCCCUUCCCGGGGCUGGGGGCAGCACGACUGCAGGCACAAGGAGGACGCAGGGGUCAUCUGCUCAGAAUUCACAGCCUUGAGGCUCUACAGUGAAACUGAAAUGGAGAGCUGUGCUGGGAGAUUGGAAGUCUUCUAUAAUGGGACCUGGGGCAGCGUUGGCAGGAGGAACAUCACCACAGCCAUAGCAGGGAUUGUGUGCAGGCAGCUGGGCUGUGGGGAGAAUGGAGUUGUCAGCCUCGCCCCUUUGUCUAAGAUAGGCUCUGGUUUCAUGUGGGUGGAUGACAUUCAGUGUUCUAAAACGCAUAUCUCCAUAUGGCAGUGCCUCUCUGCCCCAUGGGAGCGAAGAAUCUCCAGCCCAGCAGAAGAGACCUGGAUCACAUGUGAAGAUAGAAUACGAGUGCGUGGAGGAGACACUGAGUGCUCUGGGAGAGUGGAGAUCUGGCACGCAGGCUCCUGGGGCACAGUGUGUGAUGACUCCUGGGACCUGGCUGAGGCGGAAGUGGUAUGUCAGCAGCUGGGCUGUGGCUCUGCUCUGGCUGCCCUGAAGGAGGCUUCAUUUGGCCAGGGAACUGGAACCAUCUGGUUGGAUGAGAUGCAGUGCAAAGGAAAUGAGUCAUUUCUAUGGGACUGUCAUGCCAAACCCUGGGGACAAAGUGACUGUGGACACAAGGAAGAUGCUGGCGUGAGGUGCUCUGGACAGUCGCUGAAAUCACCGAAUGCCUCCUCAGGUCAUUCAGCACUUAUUUUAUCUAGUAUCUUUGGUCUCCUUCUCCUGGUUCUGUUUAUUCUAUUUCUCACGCGGUGCCAAGUUCAGAAACAAAAACAUCUGCCCCUCAGAGUUUCAACCAGAAGGAGGGGUUCUCUCGAGGAGAAUUUAUUCCAGGAGAUGGAGACCUGUCUCAAGAGAGAGGACCCACAUGGGACAAGAACCUCAGAUGACACCCCCAACCAUGGUUGUGAAGAUGCUAGAGACACAUCGCUGUUGGGGGUUCUUCCUGCCUCUGAAGCCACAAAAUGACUUUAGACUUCCAGAGCUCACCAGAUCAACCUCUAAAUGUCUUUGAAGGAGACAGCAACUUUUAAAUGAAUAAAGAUGAAGUCAAGUUGCCCUAUGGAAAACUGGUCCAAAUAACAUUUCUUGAACAGUAGGAGAACAACUAAAUUGAUAAAGACUGGUGAUAAUAAAAGUUGAAUUAUGUGUAUCAGUGUUAAA